AAAAGCACUUCUCCCUGCACCGGGGGUGGCCAUGACUUGCUGUGAAGGAUGGACCUCCUGCAACGGAUUCAGCCUCCUGGUUCUGCUCCUGCUGGGGGUAGCCCUCAAUGCAGUGCCUCUGGUUGUCAACAGAAUCGAUGAAGGCCAGUUUCGUCAUAACCCCAUCUCCUGCUUUGAGUGGUGGUUCCCAGGAAUUAUAGGAGCAGGUCUGAUGGUUGUUCCGGCAACCAUAGCGUCCUUGGCCGCGAGGAAGAGAGCCUGCUGCAACAACAGAGGCGGCAUGUUUCUCUCCUCAUUCCUGAACGCGCUCACGAUCCUGGGCGCUGUGUACUGCAUACUGGUUUCGGCACAGGCGCUCGUGAAAGGCCCUCUCAUCUGUCAGUCUCCAGACAACAGUACGGCCAGCUGUGAAUUCUCACUGGACAAGUUAGGGAUGCAUCCAGAAUCCUUAGAUCUACAGUGGUUCAGCAAAGGAUCCUGCGUACUUCCAAAUGAUCCGAACUCUCCCCCUGUGAACAACUGGAGAAACGACACCGCGUCCUCCGGGUCUAAAGAAGAGAGAUACAAGACGAUCCACUUCUCCGUGUUUGUCGGUCUGCUGCUUGUGGGGGGGCUCGAGCUCCUGUUCGGGCUCAGUCAGAUACUCAUCGGUUUCCUGGGCUGUCUGUGUGGGGUCUCCAAGCGGCGGAGUCGGAUUGUGUAGUAAAUGGCAACAAAAUGAAAAGAUUAGCAGUUCGAAUCAUCUGAGAAUUACGGGUACAUUUAAAAGACAUCCUUUAGGAAGUUAUGAGUUCAAUAAUGAAACAUUAUCUAGAAAGCUGUAGUUAAUCCUUUUAGUCCAAAAGGUUGUUUUUAAGUUACUGCUAAGGUGAUUAUUUAAAAAAUCAGCCUUUUACAUGUGAAAUAAAGCAUGUUGGUAAAUACAACACAUAACGCUUUCAUGUGAAAAGGUGAAGAUCAUCAGUAGUUGACUUUGGGGAGCAAUGAAGACAAGCUCUGAAUUUGUUUUGUACCUUUCUGUACUGUUUGGGUUCCAUAACUCUAUAUUCUUCUGAGUGAAGAGGAAGGGAGGGGAAGGGAACUGGGUGGCGGAGGGAGGGAAGACAAGAAGAAACAGAAGUUCUCCUGGAAGUGAGAAUGCAGGAACUUUUUCUUAUAUUUCUCUACUGUUUAAGAAAACCCCCCCACAAUAAAUACCUAACUUAAAUGCAAUCAAGUUUUAGACUGAAUUCCUAGCUUACAGGAAAUUGAGGCAAAGAGGACAUUUGCAACUCAGACAAGUUCUAAAGGUAGGACAGUAAGUAGACAAUAGCCUUCUGUUUUCAACAAGAAAAUGCACAGGAGGAAAAAACACGGAAUGCGUUGAGGGAGCUGUUCUACACUGAGAACAGACAAACGGGAUUCCUCUGCGUGUACUGUGUGGACCCUGUUGGGACCAGUCGGGAAGCCUGUACGAAUAUGCCCCUCCCCUCCCCCUGGAGGGGGGAGGGGGGUGUCGAGGGGCCGGUUAGGUAAUAUUAAGGACUUAAUGUGAUUUUUUUUUUAUGGCUGUUAAUGAUUUCAUGGUUGUACAGGGAAAUUUCCUUAUGUUUUAGAAAUGCAUAUGUAUGUGUUUGAGAGAAAGUGUCACAUUUUUAAAAUAGUUCAGCCAAAAAUAAAGCAAUGGAAAAAUGUUAAAUUGUUAUUUUAGGUUACAGGUAUAUAAUGAGUGAUUAUACUCCUUUCCUAGGUUUGCAUUUUUACAAUAACUAAAAAAACUAUAAAUACCUAGAAAAAUAUCAGCCUGUCAAAAGCUGGUUUCUAUGUAUGACAAUCUUUAAAAGACAGGAUAUUAAAACAGUGUAUUUAUCAUAUUAAAAUGUUAUAAAACACAGACUAAAAA